AUGUCUCCCUCCCAUCACGAUUUCUUUGCGACUGUUCUAAAUCCCGGACCAACACCAGUCAAGUGCGCUUCCCCACGGUCCGAAAACAAAGAACCUGGCGCUAUUGGAGGCCUCGAGUCCUACGGGGCUAUUUUCAAAAGCAAAAUCACUCGAGACCUUAUUCGGGCUGAUCUUGACAAUGAAAGCCUUCAAGACGCCUUGGCCAUCCUCCUAUUUCCUAUCGCUGAACAAAAUGCAGCCGUGCCAUGCCUUAUGGACCAGUGGGCAGCGCACAAGAUACGCGAUCCUUUUCUCGACAUGAGAGAAGAGAACUAUGAUCUCUUUGCCCAUAUACGGAAGUUUUACUUUUUCACGUUGAGAUAUAUCCAGGAUUAUAUGAUUAAGGCAACAUCGUAUUAUCUCCCGCGAGCAUACUGUGGGCUCCCGCGUCUUUCAGACUACGGAACGUUCUUCAAAAACGAAUAUCUUCAGAGCGAUUUUGAUAUGGGCUCUUUUGGUGUGCUUCUCUCAUGGGAAGAUGAAGCCCUUCGGUGUGUUCAAGAAUAUGUUUCAGGUCUAUAUGCAGCCCACUACGCCCAAUGGAACGGUAUCCGACUACCAAAUGAUCGUACAGCUGAUGACCCUUCACAUCUAUCAUUCCCACCAGGACUCAGACCUGACUACCAUUCGUUCUCAAGGUUGGAAUGGACAAAGUUUCAGGCUAAAAAGUGGUCUGUACCUGAAUUGCUAAUUUACAAGCUUGAAGAGUAUGGCUUCACCCUUUUGACAGAUCUUGUACUCGACGCAAAGAAAGCCAAAGAGCAUCGACAGGGGUCAGAACUACUCUGGAAUUUUCUAUGCGGGCUCAAAGAUCUGGAUUGCAGCAAGCCGGACGAUGUGCAUGGGAUGUGUGCAACUACGCUUUGGGAAGACACGGAAAACGGGAGAAACGUUCCUGAUCUUUGUGCCCGGAUGAUAUGGCAGCACGAUUGUAUCACUGUUGAGGCCUUGGAAGGUUACAGACAACGCGCCUAG